UUGCUACUCUGACUGAAAUAUUGGAGGACUCCUUUGUUAAAUAGGAAAAACUGGGAAACUAGGAAGUGUUUCCGGGGUAGGGCGCGUGUUAUCGCGGAGGCUGCGGCCGCGGCCGGCGAGCGCCGCGUGCCGCGCCAGUCCGCGCCGAGCCUCCGUCGCCGCACCACGUGUCACGUGGCGCUACUACCGCCGCGCACGCGCGAACGCGAUCGAAACAUCAAAACAUAACAAAAAAAAAAAUUUCACGCCACCCACUUGCCAACGAAAAUUGACAGUGACGUUUCGGGGGGAGCACGGUGACAAUAACACGCAUUCGUAUUAUGUAGUUUACAAAAAUUAUUUACGUGAUACAGUGAAAAAUUUUCAGUGGUACGAUCAACUGGUGAAUUCUGUGCGAUCGAUUGGUGUCGCAGUGGUUGUGUUCAGUUCCGACGAUGGAUAGUGGCAGCCCGGCAGGUUAGGCGUGAUGAUGCGCAAAGAGAACGCCGGCGCUCCCGGCGGGACCGAGUUCUCGCUGGACGCGUCCGACUGCAUCACGCUGCAGCAGAUCCUGCAGGCCUUCAACUCCACCAUCAGCGAGGAGCAUGCGUGGGCCCUGUUCUACCAGGCGGCGCGCUGCUUCCAGAAGUGCAUGUCGGAGGGGGCCACCUGUUACCUGGCCACCGAGCCCCGCCAUGUGCUGCUGCACAAGGACGGCACCGUACACCCCACCACGCUGCUGCAUCCAGGAGAUGACAGCAGUAGAGAGGAGGUUACCUCAGAGCAACAGUUGGUGGUGAAUUUGGCGCUAGUAAUAUAUCAUGCGUUGGAUUACACGCAUUCAGAGGACGAGGAACGGCUCAUAUCGCCGGACCUCGAGGGACUUAUCACAGAGAUGACGGCGUGUGAUACCACAGAUGAUGACGAAGAAUGCGGUGCACUAUCCGAAGGUUCAGAGACAUCAGAAUGCGGUCGGGCAGAUACAGAUGACGAGGGUAUUGAAAGAGACUCGGAGCCAGCUCCGAGGAGACGGCGCCGGCGCAGACGGUUUAUGCUCAAAGAUGUUAUUGAGCGCUGCGUUUGGCACUGUGGCGGUGGUGGGCGAUGUGCCCGCGAAGCCGCUGCAGCGCACUACCGCGCUGUAUGUCGAGCCCUCGUCGCUGAAGCGCUGGAACUGGCCUCCUUCCUCGCGAGGGUCCGGGUCGGAGGAGCGAGGGACAUGGGAGCCGCUGAGGACUCCGCCGCGCAUCUCGACACGCUACGGUUUUCAGACUGGUCAAACCGAAGGAUAUGGAGAGCAUUACAAGCGCGGUUUUGGAUGCAAGUCAUAGGAGAGUUACGGAUGGGUGUAAAAUUAAAGAAAGUAAAUUAUUCAAGGACACCAAUAGAGUACGAGUUAACGCCGUACGAAAUAUUAAUGGACGAUAUUAGGUCCAGGAGGUACACGCUAAGGAAAGUUGACGGCGCGAUACCUCCAAGUGUAAAGAAAGACGCUCAUGCAAUGAUACUUGAGUUCAUUAGAAGUCGACCUCCACUCAAAAAGGCGUCUGACCGCAAGUUGCCGCCGCCCCGCCGUGAAGUAACGCCUAGAGAGAAACUCCUCGCGUCCAUCCAAGUCGGGAGACAACUCCGACCCACUCCUUACUCCAGGCGACUAUCGACAAGUGGAGCCGGUAGUGGUCCAGGCGGGGGCGACUCAAGGCGAGGCGGUGACGUCACGCCGCACGCGCAACCCCAGAGGCGACUUAUCAAAGUGGACUUUGAUAAUCUUGAGGACGAUGAAGAUGAGGAUGACACAGAAACUUGCACAAGCCCUGAAGUAUGCGCACCACAACCUUUCCCAAGGCAUACAGCCCCACAGCAACAAACCCCCAAACCUUGGAAGAGGACCGAGGAGCCUCCACGGGCGCCGCCGCGCACGCGCAUCUCCCACGACGAGUACCACCAGUUCUGCGACCAGACCCUCGAAUCAUAUGAUCUGGCGACGCAGUGCCCAUCACGGCGGGCGUCAAUGCGACGGCACACCGUCACGCACACCGUCUGCCCUACCACCAUCGAUGGAGCUCACUCAUUGCCGCAUUCAAGACCGGGAUCUCGAGCAUCAUGCGCCGGCGCAGCGUCUCUGGCGAGCAGCGACGCAGACGCACAGCUCGGAGAGUUAUCCUGGUCACGGUCUAGUUUGCAGGACGAGCUUAUCAAGUCGGUUAGUGGCAGCCCCAACAAUGGCUCGCAUAAACAGUGGCAAGAUGCCAUAAUGUCUGACGACCGGUUGUCUCUGACCCUGGAAGAGAUUGUUCACAUCAGGUCUGUGCUGACGAAGGCUGAACUGGAAGUACUGCCCGUUGAAGGCAGGGUCAAGGAAGACGUUGAAAAGAGAAGAGUAUGCUUCUUGUGUUUGAAGACCAGAUUCGGAAUUUUUGGUCCUUGGGGCCAAAAAUGCAAACUUUGUAAAAAGACUGUCUGUCAAAAGUGUUGUUCAAAGAUGCGUAUCCCGACGGAGCACUUCGCCCACGUGCCAGUGGUGUUGCUGAGCCCGUCACUCCUGCCCUCCCCGGAGGACGAGGCGCACUCCUCGUUCCCCAGGAGUCUCAUGUCCAGGCUCGUGUCUCCUGAGUACUCGAGCAUGGUAGAGAACAGUGUGGGCAGUGCGCCGAGUAGUCCUGCGGCGGCGCGGCGCGGGGGCGCCGGCGCGGCGGCACACAGCGCGCCCGGCUCGCGCGGCGGCUCGGCGCUCGGCUUCUCCGACCAACUGUCCGUGCCGCCGCACUCCAUGUCGCGCAGCGUCGACGGACCGCAGGCCAUGUCGCUCGUCAACACGCCACCUUCUACCCUAGAUCGCAGAGCGAGGUACGGUCGCAGCACGACGGGCGUGACGGCGGCGGAACGUCUCCGCGGCGUGCAGAUGGCGGUGUGCCACGACUGCAAGGCGAUGGUCCUGCAGAUCAUCAAGUCGUCGCGCGCGUCCCGCUCGGCGUCCCGCGACCGCGCGCUGCGCCACCUCACCCUGGACCUGGCGCCCGUCUACACGGCCGACUGUUAGUGCGCGCGCCACGCCCUCCAACCCUACUCCACUGUACUAUAACUUGCUACUCAAACAACGGCUGGCCCCGAGUGCAUCUACCAUCCACAAAAUUGGUGUAUUUACUCCUAAAACUCUAUCACACAAUCGAUUCUACUGAACUUAAAAACAAAUCGGUUUGAAGUGAAUUCGUAUACCUACCUACUAAUAGUGCACUCAAGACUUUCCCGCCACUUGUUAGCAACACAGUGUUAUGUUAGAUGGAUGUUAGCGCGUUCACCAUACAUCGGUCGACUGCCACCGACUCGCUGGUGCCAGUGGGAUGCAUCUACGUGUUUCUACUGCGACGCAACAUAGAUAGAAUUGGAUGGUCGUCAAACACCUUCAAGCUCACCCGCAACAAUUGUACCCACGUACUAAUAUAACCCUAUACUAUGUUAAUUUAUUCAUUACCUCACUAACACUGCAAUUAAAUCAUCCUGUAGUUAAUACAAGUACUACCACGAUCUUACAAUAGUAAGCUCCCAGUCAAUUUUUAUUUUGUAUCAAUCAAAUUAUCUUUACCUAGCUAAUAUAAAACUCUGUAUUUAAUUUUUCAUAUUGUUAUUUUUUUAUUAAGAAAUGAACAUUGUUAUUCAUUCUUAGAUAAAAUGUAUUAGAUAAAUCCGAUACCUACAUAAUUACCUAUGUAUUCAAUAAUAUAUUAUUUCUUUAUUCUACAUCUACUCAACCACCUUAUGUCCUUCGAUAUAUUAAAGUUAAUUUCAUCUUGUAAAUAGUCAAUGACAUUUUAAAUUAAUAUUUAAAUAAUAGAAUAAUGUUUUAUCAGGAAUCAGUCAAUAUUUGCAUUUGUAGUAAAUAUAUAGGAGUCCUAUCCAACGGUUUGAAUCGAGCUUCCAAGGUUGUGUGUCUAUGUUGUGUUUCGUAAGUGGACCAUACAUGUUGUUUACACAAAAUGUACUUUGACAAUACUCUAUGACCUUUGACAGACGUUACUACCACUAUUUUUUAUUUAUCGCACAAAAUCAUAAUUUUUAAACUCAUUAAAUUAUUCAAAUGUUUAUCCCACAUUAUCAGAGAUACCUUACAUAGUAUAUUGAAUAAAAAUAAUGUUAUAUUCCAGAAAUUUACUAAAUAAUAUUUUGUCACUUAAUAAUUAUAUGUACCUAAUAGAUAUAUUUAUAUAUUUUUCUCCAAAUGAUAGAAUGUUUUACUAUGUCUACAAUUUCGAUGUGAAUAAAAAAUAUGUGUGUGUUCAAAAAUAUAUUGAAAAAUAUGUAGGUACUAUGAAUGUUGUUGUAUAAAACUGAAUUAUAUUGUAAAAUGUUAUGAAAUCUCGUAGAAUCUGUGUUCAAAUAAAAAAAAAUGUUUGAUACAUUUUUGAAGCAUAAAACGUCAAAUUGACAGUUUCCAGACCCUGCCUCAAUACUCAAGUUGGAUUCACACGCUAAUUUCAUUUAAAAUGAAGUUUUUGACAUUUAUGUCCCUCAGUAAACAUAAAAUCAAUACAAAUGUUUACAUAAAAAGUAAUCUAAUUGAAUUUGUAAACUAUGAAUUUAAUAUUUUUAGACAUUGAUCUUGAAUAUUUGUGAAGAUCCGACAUGAAAUUUUAAUUGCAUUUAAUUAAUUGCUAUGUGUGACAUUCAGAGUAAUUGUGUUUUCAAUAAGUUAAGUUUUCUGUGCCAUACCGAUCGAGAUGAAUAAUUUUAUCAGUGACUAGUAAUUGCAUGUGCGUGUAAUCGCAAGCAUGUCACUAAAUUGUGAAAAUCCUACGUGCCUACCUAUGAGUACUUACAGAUCAAGACCGAAUUUUCUUUUAAGUUUUCCUUUAAUUUUCACUUAAGUUUUUGGUUCAUUACAAAAAACAGAAAACAACAAAAAAAAAAAUAACUGAAAUAUUUAAUUUUCUUAUAAAAAAAAAGGUUGCGUGCUUUUGAUAAAACUGUUUUCAUGAAGGCUUUAUAGGUGUAUUUUUAUAUGUGAAUUUAUUUUUUCAGUUCUUCAGUGUAAUUCAGAUUACGUUUGACAGUUCAGUCGACAGUAUGCAACCAGCUUAUUAAGUCUGAUUGUUUGUAUGAGAUGUAUGAUUGUGAACAAGUUGGUUAUUCCAUUGAUAUACAAGUCCAGGUCUUUAGUGCGGCGGUAGUCAUUUGGCAAACAUAAAAUUGUUUUUUUUUUACAUUUGCGUACCAAAAGACCAAUGUUCAUGUACUAUUCUAAGAUCAGUUACCCUUAGUACGAGUUUGCUUUACGUUUAAAGUAAUCGAAACGAGAACGCGUUCGGCGUUCUGAUUGGUCGGCUCGAAUAAACCAACCAAUUACGUGUCGUUUCUAUUACUUUUAAACGUAAAGCAAACUGAGGGUGCAUACACUAUUUAGUACCCAGGUGUAAAAUGCCCGAUUGUACUACCGCCACAAUUACAGAAUUGGCUUUAAAUUUAUUUAGAAUUAACUAAAUUAUUUCGCGGAUUAUUCCCAAAUCUUGUACUCCUUUGUAAAUAUUAUAGAUGUUAGAUUUAAACUAUACUGUAGCGGUUCAAAAUAUGUAGAAACUAUUUUCAAUGUAAUUAAUUAAUUAAUAAAUUAAAAACUGGGUUUUCCCCUAACUCUUACAUUCCCUCCGUUUAAUUUAGUUACUUAUUUUAAGUUUAAUGUAAACUGCUGAUUAUAAUUAUUAUAUGUUUAUGUAUCGAAAUACUAAAUGGCCUAAUAUUUAUUUAUUUCUUUUGACGUUUUUGGCAUUAUCCAGAUAUUCCUAUGAGCAUUCUUUUUGAAAUAAAAUGAAAAUUUUUGUUGAAAAAAUUUAAAUUUAUUUAUUGUACAUUGGAACCCAGUUAAUGUUACUUGUAAAUGUGUAAUUUAGUAGUCUUUUAGAUGUUACUUAGAUUGUAACUGUUUAAAAAACUUAAGUACUUAUAUAAGUGGAAAUAAUCGAUGAUGAAAACAAAAACCAUACAUAAAUAAACAUGAAUACAAAUCGUUGAA